AUGAUCCACAUUGAGAGAAAAGAAUUCUACAUAAAGCCUUUUUCUAUCCAGAAGAGCGAAACAAUUGAUGGAAGAUGGAAUUCACUGCUUUAUGACUUAACUAUACAAACUACAGUAAUUACACAAACUACAGUGACUACACAAACUACAGUAACUAUACAAACUACAGUAACUAUACAAACUACAAUAACUAUACAAACUACAGUAACUAUACAAACUACCGUAACAACACAAACUACACUAACUACACAAACUACACUGACUAAACAAACUACAGUAACAACACAAACUACAGUAACUACGCAAACUACAGUAACUACACAAACUACAGUAACAACACAAACUACAGUAACUACGCAAGCUACAACUACAGCAACUAAACAAACUACAGUAAUUACACAAACUACAGUAACUACACAAACU